AUGGCUACAGCCACAUUUUAUAUAUCCUUGGGCUCCUUCCAGAACCACAGGAAUCAGAGGUGCUCCAAUUUGCAAAACUGGCCUGGGACAUCUUCAUUGAGAAAGGGUUACAAAGGUUUUGGCAUAGAAAUCAGAUUACUUAGGAAGGGAGCUUGUUGCCAUGAUAGCUCCCAAGGCAUAAUUCAUGCAUCAUCCUCACAUUCUUCAGUUGCUGAUCCACUAAGAUUACCAGUUGGUAACAACAUCAGUGACUCUCAUAGGAAAUCUUAUGAAGCUGCACUCAUAUUGAUUCGUCAUGGUGAAUCAUUGUGGAAUGAGAAAAAUCUAUUCACAGGUUGUGUUGAUGUACCAUUGACUCGAAAGGGUGUGGAGGAGGCAAUUGAAGCGGGUAAACGAAUAAGCAAUAUUCCCGUAGACAUGAUAUAUACAUCGGCAUUGAUUCGUGCUCAGAUGACUGCUAUGCUUGCCAUGACUCAGCAUCGCCGCAAGAAGAUUCCAAUUGUCAUGCACAGCGAGAGUGAACAAGCUAUUCAGUGGAGCCGGAUAUAUAGUGAGGAAACAAGGAAACAGUCUAUUCCUGUUAUACCAGCUUGGCAAUUGAAUGAAAGAAUGUAUGGGGAAUUACAAGGUCUCAACAAGCAGGAAACAGCAGAAAGGUUUGGGAAAGAAAAAGUUCAUGAAUGGCGCCGCAGUUUUGACAUUCCUCCUCCCAAUGGUGAGAGUUUGGAAAUGUGCGCUGAUCGAGCUGUUGCUUAUUUUAUGGAUCAUAUCGAACCCCAACUUUUGUCUGGCAAAAAUGUGAUGAUUGCAGCUCAUGGGAAUUCCUUAAGAUCAAUAAUUAUGUAUCUUGACAAGUUGACUUCUCACGAGGUGAUCAAUCUGGAGCUUUCUACUGGCAUUCCCAUGCUAUAUAUAAUUAAGGAAGGAAAGUUCAUCAGAAGAGGAAGUCCAGCAGGACCUUUUGAGGCUGGUGUUUAUGCGUAUACUUUGAGCCUGGCUCGCUAUAGACAGAAGCUUGAUGAGAUGCUAAACUGAUACAUUUCAUCAAUAUUUACAGUAAGCACAUUUUGAAGAGAAAUGUUUGCUUUGUCCAAAAUUUGCGUUUUGAAAAGCUGUAGCUUUUUACCCAU